GUUUACAUCGACGUCACAGCAGUUUGCCGAAGGAUCAAGUUUGGAUAUAUCAGCAUCAUGUUCCAUGGGAUACCAGUUACAGGAGGUGUGGGAGGAGUUCCAGCCAAUAAGCCUGAGUUAUAUGAGGAGGUGAAAUUAUACAAGAAUGCAAGAGAACGAGAGAAGUAUGACAACAUGGCUGAGUUGUUUGCAGUUGUCAAGACUAUUCAGGCCCUGGAGAAGGCUUACAUCAAAGAUUGUGUCACACCGAAUGAGUACACUGCUUCCUGUUCCAGGCUGUUGGUUCAGUAUAAGGCUGCUUUCAAACAGGUUCAGGGCUCCGAUGUAGGCUCCAUCGACGAUUUCUGCAGGAAAUAUAGACUCGACUGCCCACUAGCCAUGGAAAGGAUUAAGGAGGAUCGGCCAAUCACUAUCAAGGAUGACAAAGGGAACCUCAACCGCUGCAUUGCAGAUAUAGUUUCUCUCUUCAUCACUGUGAUGGACAAGCUGAGACUGGAGAUCAGGGCCAUGGAUGAGAUCCAGCCAGACCUGAGGGAAUUAAUGGAAACCAUGAACAGAAUGAGCAACAUGCCUCCAGACUCAGAGGCUACGGACAAAGUCAGCCUCUGGUUGACCACCCUCAGCAGCAUGUCCGCCUCAGACGAGUUGGAUGAUAACCAGGUGCGCCAGAUGCUAUUUGAUCUCGAGUCAGCCUACAAUGCCUUCAACCGCUUCCUCCACUCCUCCUGAAGCACCCGUCUGAAAUUUUGACUCUCUAUUUAGUAUUAAAAAAAAACACUCUUUCUCCUUCUGGUUAUUGUCAGGGAGUGGCUUUAUAUCUGUACAGGUUCUCAUAUCGAUCCAAUUAUUCAUCCGAUUCACAUGUCCUUUAUUCAUGUUAACUAUUUAAACUUCACCGCCUUGUAUACUCCACUGUCUGGUACAUCAUGCAGCCGUGCACACCGGGGUCACCCUGUGAUGCGAGACGCUAUUGGCCUCUUUUCUAUUUCAACUUGUGUGAUAAUCUUUUAACAUUGGCUGUUUAUUCUAUUCUGCCCGUGACAGUUUACUUCUAACUUUGUAUGUAAUAAUCAAUAAAGUAAUUUUAUACUUAGGUUUUUCAGUGCACAACAAAGAGCCAUGAUACAAUAUUGGGCAAAGUCUGCAUAUAAGGUUGCAAUAGCUUGUUUGGGAUCAAAUUCCUUGUCAUUUGGGUUUAAAUUAUGCUGCAAGAAAUUCUCACAUUACCUGUAGAAUCCUGCUAUAGAGUUCAUGGAAAAUGAAUGCAACUGAAAUUUGAACUUGGAUUUAACUGCACUUUAAAAUCAUAUUAAAACUGGUGAAUAGUGUACAUUUCAACAAUACAUUUUCCUUUAGUGGGGCUUUGGUCACUAGGUGGGUGAAAGUGAUGCAUACACGCGGCAUAUUAAGAGUUGUAAAUAGUUGAUUCUUUAAAUGUAACUUUAGAAAUAAAGAAUAAUCUACCUCCAA